AUGGGCAGCGGCGCGUCACGGCUGCUCACCGCGUGCGCGUGCUCGCGGCCCCCGCCGGCCUCCGUCGACGCGGAGCCCUGCCUCGACGACGCGCUCGGCCACUCCUUCUGCUACGCCAACUCCGCCGCCAACCCCGCCGCCAACCCAUACUCCUCCUCCUCCUUCCGCCACGGCAUCUCCGGCGCGGCCCUCUCCGCCAACUCCUCCGUGCCCGUCCCGCUCUACCUCUCCUCCUCCGCCGCCGACGCCACCGGCGGCGGCGGCCCACCACCACCCAACUACUCCUCCGCCUUCCACACCUCCUCCUCCUUCUCCUCGGCCCCACUACAGCUCUCCAACCUCUCCUCGGGCCCGCUCUUCCUCUCCGGCCCCAUCGACCGCGGCGCGCAGCUCUCCGGCCCGCUCGACGCCGCCACCGUCCCCCACUCCGGCCCGCUCCCCCACAAACCCUCCACCACCAAACGCACCUCCUCCUCCUCCCGCCGCUUCCGCAAGCCCUCCCUCUUCGGCGGCAGCCUCCGCCGCACCACCUCCGAGAAGCACCACCACCGCACCCUCACCACCGCCCCUCCCCUCCACCGCAACCCCGACCCCGACGACGGCGUGCAGUGGGCGCACGGCCGCGCGGGGGAGGACCGGGUGCACGUCGUCGUCUCCGAGGACCAGCGCUGGCUCUUCGUCGGCAUCUACGACGGCUUCAACGGGCCCGAGGCGCCCGACUUCCUCGUCGCCAGCCUCUACCGCUUCCUCCUGCGCGAGCUCCGCGGGAUCUUCUACCACGACGCCGCGCGCGAGAGCAACAGCCGCCGCCUCUGGCAGUUCCUCGCCGAGGACGACGGCGACGACGACAGCGAGCUCGACUUCUCCGGCUCCGGCCGAUUCGCGCUGUCCCUCGCCAAGCUCAAGGAGCGCCGCUUCAACAUGUGGGCGCACGCGGCCGCCGUCGGCGACGACGAGAUCGGCAGGGAGUUGGCUCCCAGGAAGCUGGCGCCCGCGCCCGCGGUCAGGGACCACGGGGCCGUGCUGGCCGCGCUCACCCGGGCGCUCGCCGCGGCCGAGGCCGCCUACCUCGACAUGACCGACCAGUCCAUGGCCUCGCACCCGGAGCUGGCCGUCACCGGGGCGUGCCUGCUCGUCGCGUUGGUCAGGGACGACGAUGUAUACGUCAUGAACCUUGGGGACAGCCGCGCCAUUGUGGCGCAGCGCGCGGAUGAUCACCAUGCCUGUGGAAUGCGGAUGGAUGACAUCGGGGUCGGCUUGGAGAUCGAGGCGAGGCUCGACGCGCUGCAGCUGUCUGUUGACCAUAGCACCAGCAUCCAAGAGGAAGUGCAGAGAAUCAAACUUGAACAUCCUGAUGAUGAUCAUUGCAUUGUAAAUGACAGAGUGAAGGGCCGUUUAAAAGUUACUCGAGCAUUUGGUGCUGGGUAUCUCAAACAGGCAAAGUUGAACAAUGGAUUGCUAGAGAUGUUCCGCAAUGAGUACAUAGGUGAUGCACCAUACAUAUCAUGCAUACCUUCUCUUUGCCACCACAAGCUCACUGCAAAGGACCAGUUUCUGGUUCUUUCUUCUGAUGGGUUAUAUCAGUACCUGAGCAACGAGGAGGUAGUUCUCCAUGUUGAGAAUUUCAUGGAUAGGUUUCCUGAAGGUGAUCCAGCACAGAGUUUAAUUGAGGAGCUUCUUUCGCGUGCAGCAAAGAAAGCUGGUAUGGAUUUCCACGAGCUAUUAGAUAUACCUCAAGGCGACCGGAGAAAAUACCAUGACGAUGUCACUGUCAUGGUUGUUUCUCUGGAAGGUAGGAUCUGGAAAUCAUCUGGAAUGUAUGUGUGAUGUUCAGCUGAAACAAUGUCAGCGUCAGCACUUAUGGCGUGACCUCCUCAGCUGGUCAGCGCAUCUGACCAAGUGCAUCCAUGCUCUUCAAGAGAGAAAGAUCGAGACUCCACAGCAUGGUGGACAGAUGAUGUGCUCCAUGCGUUUCUGAAAGCUGUAUUCUCCAAUCGGAGAUCAUUGCUUGUCCAGAUCUCAGCUCCAGCACAAAACACAGCCCAUGAAUGUGCCCAUGAGUUAAAACUCUGGGGGGAGAUUAACACUGCAGAGAAAUGACAGAAAGAGGGAAGAAACUCCACUAGCAAAGCAGAAUUCAAUUUUGCUAUGUCCCGCUAUCCACAGCGUUGAUUGGUCGCAGUACUCACCUGCGACGAUUUUCUCCCACCUCGCUGUGGUGUUGUUGAAGGUUACUUCUUUUCAUCCUUGAGGAAGGAAGACCUUUGGGGACAUGCAAUUUUUUUCGGUCAUGUAUGGGAUGAGCCUGUACUAUGCUGGAAUUGUUCGUCAGAAAAGAAAAUGGCAAUUCGCCCCCUCAUUUUGUGCUUUA